GUGGUGUGGCUGCUGGAGCAGGGCGCGGGCGCGGACGCGGGCGACGCGGCGGGGGAGACGCCGCUGCUGUGGGCGGUGCGCGGGGGCCACGGGGCCACGGCGGAGCUGCUGCUGGCGCGGGGCGCGAGCGCGGAGGUGGCGGACAAGCGCGGGGAGACGCCGCUGCUGUGCGCCGUGCGCGCGCGCCGCAGGGACCUCGUGCAGGCGCUGCUGCGGCGCGGCGCCUCGUGCACGCGCAAGAACAAGAACCGCGAGUCGCCGCUGCUGCUGGCCGCCAGGCGCGCCUGCGUCGACCUGCUCGCCGACAUGCUGCGCGCCGCGCCGCGCCUCGAGGACGAGGAGAUGCUCCGCAGGUGCCUGUUCGAGGCGGGCAGCGCCGACGUGGUGUGGUGCUUCGUGGACGCGGCGCGCGACCUCGUGCUGGGCCGCGCGGGCGAGCAGGCGCUGCACUUGGCCGCGCGCUACGGCCGCCAGGAGGCGCUCGAGGCGCUGCUGCAGGUGGGCAUCAACCCGUGCGCGUCGCACGGCGACUCGUGGUUCGCGCUGCACUACGCGGCGGCGGGCGGCCACGCGCCCUGCGUGCGCGCGCUGCUGGCGGCGGGCGUCGACCCCAACGUGCGCACCAACAGCUACCCGUCCACGGCGCUCAACUACACGGCGUGGAAGGGCCACCGCGAGAGCCUCGUGGCGCUGCUGGAGGGCGGCGCCGACGUCAACGCAGCCGACUGCGCCGGCCGCACGCCGCUGCACAGCGCCGCCGCCUCGGGCCACGUCGACUGCGUGCGCGAGCUGCUGCGCCGCGGCGCCGACCGCGCGCUGCGCACGGCCGACGGCCGCACGCCCAUGGACCUGGCGCUGCACGACCACCGCGCCGACUGCGCAUCGCUCCUGCGCUCAUGGCCCGCCUAG